AAUCAUACAUGAUUUUUCUUCAAAAAAAUCAAACCUUGGAGGGAAAUGGUGCGCACUGCUGGUACUAGUAGUUAUUGAAAGCGGGAAGGGGUAAUUUCGUCCUUAGAUGGAAACACACCUCAAUAAAAGGCCAUAAUCGUAAUUUUCAACCUUUCACCCCUUCUUCUCUUUUUUGUCGUUUUUUUGGUUUUCUGUUAAAAGUUGGUGAAUCGCACCUUAAAAGCACACCAUCUUUUACUUUAAGUUUUCCCUAACUCACAAAACUCCCAAGCUCUCAACUUUAACUAUGAAGAAACAAAAACCAGACAACCUUAGAGGCUUCAACCCCUUUAAUCAGCUGCCUCAAGAGAUCAUCUUCACCAUCCUCGACCUCCUUAACUCCAAUCCUCUCGACAUAAAGUCUUUCUCUUUAGCUUGCAAGUCUUUCUACGCUGCUGAAUCCAAGCACCGUACCUCCCUCAAGCCCCUCCGCCAGGAACACCUCCCUUCAAUCCUUUCCCGCUACCCCAACAUCGGCCAUCUCCAUCUCACGCGCUGCUCACGUGUCUCCGACACCUGUCUCUCCUUUGUAUCCCAUGCAUGCGCCUCUUCGCUUCGCUCCAUUGAUUUAUCCAGAACUCAUCUCUUUUCCGCUUCUGGAUUGUUGGGCUUGGCUUUGAAUUGUAACAACUUGGUUGAGAUUGAUUUGUCCAAUGCCACGGAGUUGAAAGACUCGGCUAUGGCAGCCGUUUCCCAAGCUAAGAACUUGGAAAAGCUAUGGCUGGCGAGGUGUAAGUCGGUUACGGAUUUGGGGGUGGGAUGUGUUGCUGUUGGAUGCAGAAAAUUGAAGUCCAUUUGCUUGAAAUGGUGCUUGGGGGUUGGUGAUUUAGGGGUUGGUUUGCUUGCUGUUAAGUGCAACCACAUUUGCUACUUGGAUCUUUCUUACUUGCCUAUUACAAGUAAAUGUUUAUCACCUAUCUUGAAAUUACAACAUCUAGAAGAGUUGGUCCUUGAAGGAUGUUUCGGCAUCGAUGAUGACAGCCUUGCUGUCCUUAAACAUGGAUGCAAUUCAUUAAAGAGUCUUGAUGUGUCAUCUUGUCAGAAUAUUAGUCACAAUGGCUUGUCUUCCCUAGUAAGUGGUGCUGUAGGUCUGCAGCAACUUACCUUAGCCCAUGGAUCACCUGUAACCUCUUCCCUUGCUGAUUCUUUGAAAAAGUUUUCUAUGUUGCAAUCUGUUAAAGUAGAUGGUUGUCUGAUUAGCUAUGAUGGACUGAAAACUAUCGGAAACUGGUGCGCUUCAUUAAGGGAAUUGAGUUUAAGUAAAUGCUCAGGAGUAACAGAUGAAGGCCUCUCGUCCAUUGUAACAAAGCAUAAAGACCUAAGGAAACUAGACAUUACGUGUUGCCGCAAGAUAACUGAUGUCUCUAUUUCCUGCAUCACGAAUUCGUGCAACUCUCUUACUUCUCUCAGGAUGGAGUCCUGUACCCUGGUUUCUAGAGAAGCCUUUGUUUUGAUCGGCCAGCGGUGUCAUUUGCUUGAAGAGCUUGACCUUACAGAUAAUGAAAUUGAUGAUAAAGGUCUGAAGUACAUAUCCAGAUGUUCCCAACUAACCAACUUAAAACUAGGAAUUUGCCUUAAUAUAACUGAUGAGGGACUUAUCCAUAUCGGCAGGGGCUGCUCAAAACUGUUAGAGCUUGAUUUAUACAGGUCUGUAGAAAUAACAGAUUCGGGCAUUAUAGCAAUUGCACAAGGUUGCCCUGGCCUUGAAAUGAUUAAUAUAGCUUACUGCAAAGAUAUUACUGAUCAUUCCUUGCUAUCUUUAUCCAAAUGCUCACGGUUAAAGACGCUUGAAAGUCGAGGGUGUUCUCUGAUAACAUCUUUAGGACUAACAGCUGUUGCUGUGGGAUGCAAGGAACUUACCAAGCUAGACGUAAAGAAGUGUCCUAAUAUUGAUGAUGCAGGAAUGCUUCCACUUGCUCAUUUUUCUCAAAACCUUCGACAAAUUAAUUUGUCCCAUAGCUCAGUUACGGACAUAGGAUUGUUGUCACUGGCUGGCAUUAGCUGCCUACAGAACAUAACAAUCUUGCACUUAAAAAGUUUGACUCCUACUGGACUAGCAGCCGUCUUGCUGGCAUGUGGAGGGUUGACAAAAGUGAAACUUCAGGCAGAGUUUAAAUGGCUGCUACCCCAUCGACUUAUUGAACAUUUGGAAGCACGCGGUUGUACUUUUCAAUGGAGAGAUAAAGUGCUUCAGGUGGAAUUAGAUCCCAAGUGUUGGAAAUUGCGGUUGGAAGAUCUAAUGCCGUAGAGAUCCUUGAAGAUCUUGUAGGUCGAAUGAGUUAGCCACUAGUUAUUGGGAAAUGCAGAUUCUAGGCAUGGACACGUAAAUCAACAAAGAUAUUCGUUUGUUUGCGAAGCAUUACCCUUCAGGUGCUGUAUAACUACUUUUAAGAUUUAUGAUAUAUGCUGAAAUACACAAAAUAUGACCAAUGCAUUAAAAAGAAUGAAUUGAUGUUUUCCAAUGAA